AUGCAAUUAUUAUACACAUUUGGUAGGAAAUGUAUUCUCGAUGAUUUUCGAUAUGAAUAUACGGGAUGUGAUGAAAAUGGUGAACGAUGGCGUGUUGCGGUACCAAAAAUGAAUAAUUUAGAUUGUGAUGAUGGAGUACCAUUACCGAUACGAGUGAAUUGUUCUUUAACAUGUAAUGCCGGAAUGUACUUGGAUAUUACAACCCAACAGUGUCAACUUUGUCCGAAAGGUACGUAUAGUUUGGGUGGCGGCAUUCGAUAUGAUGUAUUUGAUGAAAUUCCAUCAAAUUUUGAAGUGGAAAAUCUCAAUAUUUUAUCGGAAAGAAACACAGACACCAAUAUGGAAUUGCUAGAGGAUUGCCCAGUACAGAAAGGUUGGAUUGUACGAAAUACAAAAUUGAUAUAUGUGCCUUCGCCAUGUUUGUCGAAGCUUAUUUAUAGCGUUGAUUUGGUACGUCCAGGUUACGUGGAAUACGUUUACCGUUUGCCACGUAAUAAUCGUGCACUUAUUUUUAAUGUUAACGUGAGAAAUGAGAAAUGUAGAAGCUACAGAGAUGAAAUGAAGCAAUUAAUGGGAAAUAACUUAAAGAAGGUAAAUUCCGAGGAUAGUAACGAUUGGCAUCGUGAUCGGAUUGAAUUAAAAAGUGGUCAUAAUAUUAUCAGUUGGGCAGUAAUGAGUCAUCAUUUGGAUGCCUUUUAUAACAAUGAUGUGAUAAUAAUAUCGCAUAUUGAUAUUUAUGGAAUACAACAAGUACAAAAAUGUAGUAAAUGUACCGGUGGAACAUAUAGUGGUACCGGAGCUAAGCAAUGUCAUUUUUGUCAUGCCGGAUAUUACAGUCCUGAAGGAUCCACACAAUGUUUUCGUUGUCCGAUAUCACAAUAUUCUUAUUCUCGAUCAUCAUUUUGCAUAAAUCGACCAAUUUGUUCAUUAAAUGAUUACUAUCCUGUUCUAAAACCAUGUGUUAAUGGUAAAACACGUACGAUGUUUGUCAAAGUACAACCAAAUGUUUGUCGUGAUGAUUUAAGUGGUGCUGUUAAGAUUCCGGAAGCUGGUAAUGAAAUUCCUUGUCCGAAGUGUAAUCCGGGAAUGAAUUUGAAUUCAACUGGUCAAUGCGUAUUUUGUCAAAAGGAUCAUUACUCACACGGCGAAGAAUGUCAUCGUUGUCCGGUUGAUACAUUACCAAAUUAUGGUUAUCAUUAUAUUAUCUGGAAUGUACUUCCACCAAAUAUGUUCACCAAAUGUGAAUAUAUUGUUGAAGGUGAUUCAAUGAGUUGUGGAAUUGAUCAUUCAUGGAUACCAUCUGGAAGUAUGAUCCAAAGUUCAUCAACACAGGAAAAAGGCAUAGCACUGGAACUUGGCUUAAAAAUUCCUGAUGGCUUUUCAAAUCCAUUACUUGCAUUUGACGAGCUAACAUCAUUACAUAAUCCAAUUGCACACAUUACAUUUGAUUUUGAAAUGAAAUGUGCAGAUGAGAGUUGUGUGCUAUAUUUUAUUGAAGAUGCACCAUCUCAGUCUUACUAUCGUAUUCUUGCUGAUUUUAGUGGUACUCAACAUUAUCAAUCAUAUUCCUAUCCAGUUAUUUCACCAAAUCCAACACAAUUUUUAUUCGUUUUUAUAAGAUCACGUAGUUCGACAAGAGAAGAUGUCAUAACAGAUCGAGCAUUUAUUUAUCGGAUUAAUGUCACCAAUGUGGGUGAACAUUCAGGUGGCGCAUCAACGUGUUUACAAUGUCCGAAAUAUAAUGGAAAAUGUGUCCAUUGUUCAGUUGGUGAAUACAUCACUGAAAUAAAUGAUGAAUGUAAAAAAUGUCCAAAUGGAUUAGUAUUAAAUACAACAAGUGAUCGAAUGGGUAUUAAAAGUUGUAUACCAUGUGGUACAAAUCUUAUCUCUUAUGAUAGUAUCCGUUGUAUAUCAGAUGGAACGUUAACAUUAGAAAAUUCUGCGAUCAACAAAACAUAUCAUUUUAAUUUCACUUAUUUUUUUAACCGAACAUUUACGAUCGAAGGUGUUAAAAUAUUCGCACGUGAGGGUGAAUCAUAUUUUCAUUUAUAUAAUAUUUCACUUUUAACUGAAAAUGGUGCAAGUUGUAAAGAAACUUAUUCAUCAUCAGAAUAUGGAAGUACUUCAUUAACUUAUAAUAUUGAAACAAAUCAGGAUCAAGAUAAUAUUGAAACAAUAAAUGCAUACAUUUGUCGUUCAACGGCAUUUCCAACGCAUUUUACUUCAAAUGCUACUACACAACGUCUUUUUUACAUUUCACCUGUCAUAAUUGCCAAUAAACUUUUGGCUAUAACACCUGAAAGAGAAUUAAAUGAAUAUGUCAAAUUGACCGAUCGAGAAUUUGAUACCAUUGAAAAUAAUACCAAUACAAGGAAUGAAUCACCAGAUAUACAUUUUUUCUUUGGUUCAUCUGAAUCAUCAACACAACUUUGCUUACAUGGAGUACAUACAGCUAUCACAUUGAAAUGUGAUCCGCGACAAAUUACCGAACCCUUAAUAAAACUUCCAACUAAUUGUCCAGAUGGUACUUGUGAUGGUUGUUUAUAUCAUAUUAUCAUAUAUUCAUCACAUGCAUGUCCAAUUUGUACGGAUCAAGAUUACAGCAUAAUUAAAGGUGAAUGCAUUAAUGGGAUGCAAUCAGUUCAUAGUAUACCGGCAAGUUAUUGUACAUCAAUGGAUACAUUACGAAAGGAACGAAUUGAGCCAUGUACAACAUUUACCUUACGAUUAGAACUUUUUAUUUCGAGCAUUAUUCUAACUGUUAUCACAUUAUGUGUUAUCAUUAUUAUGGCUUAUCGUAAGAAUAGAAGAUUAGAAUAUAAAUACAUGAAAUUGGUGGAAUGGAAAGAUAAUACGGAAGAUUUGAGAUCACUUGCUGCUGAAUCAUGUGGUGUAAAAGAUGAUGAUAAUGAAGAUGAUGGCGAAGAUCAUGAUCGUAUAUUUUUUGCACGAAAAAAUAGACGACAACAUCGUGAAUAUAAGAAAGAGCGUAAUUUGCCUCAUGAAAGAGAUCGUGAAGAUAGUGGACAAACACCAUUUAUUCCAUUGGAACAAGCUGAUUAUUAA